AUGGCGUUUGCAACUUUUUUGGUUUUCUCGAGGCUUGCUGUAGCCUUCGGAGAAGAUGUCGCAGCAGCCAUGUCGGAAGACAACUGCGGCGGGGAGUGCAGUCUGGGGCUGCACCAGCUGCGAGGCAUGAAGGUGAGCAGCUUUGAGGCGCUGGGGGUCUCUGGCCCUGACGCUGACGGUGAGGAUGAUGGCGACCUUUCUGAAACGCUGGAGCUUGGGCUCUUCCGCGGCAGCUGCCGAAACCCUGCCGACAUGACGGUCUGGAGGGGUGGAGGAAAAGAGACCUUUAAUGCCGCCCUCAAUCACUGUGGCCGCUCCUGUAAGUUCGUGGGGCCUUGGUAUGCCGGUUUCCCAUGCACGAAGGAUUGCAUGCAGAAACGCGGCUACAGCAGCCACUGUGCUUCUUGCAUGGCCGAGUUGGUAGACUGCAAACGGGACCACUGCCUGAACCCUUGCUUCACCGAUGACGAAAAUCCUUCGUGCAUUGAUUGUGUAAAAUCCAAAUGUCGACACAAGAUGAGAGUGUGCAGCGGCCUCAAUACGGGAAGCCGCUGA